AUGGGCCUUGCGCAAAAUUGCGCCAACAGUACUUGCCGCACAUACCAUAGUAGAACUCGAAAGAUGAUACCGAAAGGGGUGUUAUCUUUCGCGUAUUACCUCAGCCGUCAGCAUUGCAGAAAGUGGUGCCAAAACAAAAGGCCGCACCUAUCGUUUAAUCCUGCGAUUCGUAUAUGGUACGGUGAGGUCGCCAAGUACGACCUGCCGACACUCCACCUGAAUAUAAGCACCACAAUUAAUCUUGCAGCACGUGCGCCCCAUAAUCCGACCAUUUUUCCUACAAAUCCUCCUGCGCCGUAUCUUUGUAAUUGGGUUCCACUGCACGACUUGGUAAACACUAACGCGAGUCCAGAAUAUCACCAAUGCUUGCCCUAUAUGUAUUGGAUAUCCGUAACUGACGACAAUAUCGAGAACCUAAACCCAAGCGGCUUCGAAUCAGGUCAGGUCGGGGGAUUCUCCCAAGGCGAGGCAUUGAGCUCUCACUUUGGCAACCUGACUGACCCUUUUCAUAUCAAUCUGUCUUUGGAGACGGGGCCGAAGAGUACAGAUGUCGUCCUCAGGUUAAGGGAUGGGAAGACUUACAAGAAGGAGGUUGAGGUUAUGGGGUGGGAAAACAACCAGUAUAGAGUGUAUGGGUAUCAUAUCCUUCUAAAAGCACCAACUUUUGACGAAUUCAGAUCGUCUCAUCAUCCCCAACUCUUUCCCUCUCCUUCAAAAAUCCACCUACCACUCUCCAAGCUCUAUACCUUCCUCACCAAACUCGACCGCAGCACAUUCUUAAUCUCCUCUAGAAUUGCUAGAUACCACUGUUAG